CUUGAUGUGGGGUUCAAGGCUUCCUUUUUCUCUUCUCUGAACAGCACACGGCGAGAAUUCCAUUCCAGACUCAGAAACAUAGCUCUGCAGUAAUCCACUCGCAGUCUGAAUACAAUGUCAGACCAGCCACUUCACCGUCCGGCCCUUUCCAAUCUCUCCGUCUCCCGUGCAGCUAGCCUGGAAACAGGACUGAACCACAGUCCAAGGAGCUCAGCCAGCACACCUUCUCCGCUCAACCAGACACCGUCUAUUUGGUUUUCGGCCCCUGACCUCCGGCUAGCACGCGCGGCCGAGGCGGAAACUGUCGAGCCAGAAUCCCAAGCUCAACAGAGGGCAAGAGCUAAAUUUUUUGAUGAGGUUACUAGUACUGACCUACGGAGGGGUUGGUACCCUCUUUUGAUGGCAGAGGAGCUGGCCAAGGGAAAAGUUAUUGGGAUGUGGCUGUUGGGAGACCCAAUCGUUCUCUGGCGUGAUGCAGAAGGCACCCCAGUUUGUCUUGAAGAUAAAUGUGCGCACCGCAGCGCACCUCUCUCUCUCGGACACAUCACUCCCACCGGUGAACUCGAGUGUGCAUAUGACGGCUGGACGUAUGACUCCGAGGGUACUGUGACACAUAUACCCGCGCUGCUACCCGAUAGGGAAAUACCCACCAACGCCGGUGCCAGGCGGUAUCCGACGGUUGAGAGAGAUGGGCUUGUCUGGGUGUGGCCGGGUGAAGCAACUCUACCUGCAUACGACAUCCAUGUCCGCCUCCCGCCCAUUCUGUCCCCCGGCAGUUCAGUGACAGCACAUGCUGGCACACCAAACAAGCACGCCAGCGUCGCUCGCAGCACGGACGAGUCCGAGGACGAGCAACCGAAUGAUGGAAAACGGGAGAUUAACAAAGGAGGAGAUAAGACCAAGACAGAUAAAUGGGGGAAGGUGUUCACGGGGAUUGUGGAUAUGGAUGUUGAUCAUAGCGUCCUCCUGGAAUGCUUUUUGGAUUACGCACAUCUGCCAUAUACACAUCAAGCAAGUUUACCUACGCACCCCCCGAAAGCUAACCCUACACCCAUGCAAGUUGACAUCAGUUUCGGCGUAGACACAGCAUCUGUGAUUGCGGUGAUACAUCGACCCGAGACGGACCAUCCACCUGUAGAGGUCAAAUUCAUACCUCCUUGCCACGUUCAACUCUCCUCCAAUAUCAAAGGUUACAAAUUCGAACAGACUUUUCACUGUGUGCCCAUGCGACCUGGUCAAACAAGGGUAAUUUAUCGUCACAGUCGAAACUACUGGACAUGGAUCGACUGGAUCCCGUUUGUCGGGUCGCUUUACAAUACAACCUGGUUGAAGAGGAUAUUGGGCGAAUAUCAGAUUUUGAAAGGAAUGCAGGAGAGGUUGAGGGAGGGGGCAAAGCCUUGGAAUGCUCCGAUCCAAGCCGAUCUACUUCCUCGAUACUAUCGUGAAUGGUACAAGAAAUGUCUAACAAAACACAGUCCGUUCUUCAGCACCUUUAAUCCGGGCGCCGCCGGAGCUACCACCUUAAUGAUGACACCAUAUGGACCUUCCACUCCAAAUUGGAAAGUAUUUACCCCGCCUCGCUAUACCCUUGCGCAUAUUCCUCAGCCCGUGCCCUCGCAGCUAGGGAUCAUCCAAGCUGCUUCUGCUGCUGCUGCGACCGCCGCGGUGCAGGCAACUGGUGGUACGAGUAGGAGAGGGAGUAUCGCAAAUUUGGUUGGUGUUGGUGGGGUUUCCGGCGGUGCAGCUGGGAGUCGGAGGGGAAGCAUGAUAAUUAUGCCACCAGUCUCGGUACCUCCGCCCAGCAACGCCCUGAAUCGUGCAUCGAGCGGGCCGUCAGUUGCUUAGAGCAGCUCCUAUCAAUACCUUGCUCAGGCUCGAGAGUUCUUCUUAUCUAUUGAAGUCGGCGCAGACGGCCCAUGUUGAAUUAUACCGUCUAGUACAGUUCCUUUGCGAUUUAGAAUGUGACCUAUAUUUCGGCAGCCAGCAAUUGACAACAAAAAAUAAAAAUUCAUGCGAAAGUUACUUUAUUUCUCCAA